AUGUCUCAACAACUAUUGUCCUCCCCGAGUCCAAGAUCAACCUCCACAAGUAGUAGUAUUAGUUGUUCGUCAACAUUGUCAGGAUCGCUGAAACUUCGUAAAGGAGACACUCUUGUUGUACAGAUGGUGCAAGGUGUUGACCUUGUCGUUGCUGAUGCCAAUGGAAAGAGCGAUCCUUAUGUCAUUAUUGAUUUAAAACAACAAGCGAAAGAAUUCAAAUUUAAAAGCUAUCGUCAUCUAGUCGAGAUACCGAAUGAAAAAUGUCUUCCAGGAGGAUUAGUAAAUGGAUCGUAUCGAACGACCACACAACUUAAAACAUUAAAUCCAAAUUGGAAUGAUGAAUUUCAAUUUGAAUUAUUAAAUGAGAGAGAAGAUUUGACAUUGUAUUUUCAUGUCUAUGAUUGGGAUCGACUGACUUCUGACGAUCCACUUGGAGAUUGUAAACUUCAUCUUUCUAAAGAAGAUUUAUAUUUCGCAACAAGUAACCCAAGAGAUCAUUGGAUCCAUUUGCAACAUGUGAAAUCUGGUAAAAUUUUAGUUCGAAUUACCGUUCUUGAGGAUCCUCAUGGUCCAAAAUCUCUCCAUUUACUUUCCUACAAGUCUUUUAAAAGUAUGACCAAUUACUCUCGAUCCUCCUUUGAAAAUCAUUCCUCUUCUGAGAAUUCGGGUUGGAAGGAUUUGUAUGAAUUGAUGAACAAAGAUGGUCACGGAAGUGAUCACAUUCAUAUUCAUGUUCCCAUUGAUUGGGAAAUCGCCAAAUGUGAAGUUGGAACCGAUGAAUUUGAUUAUCGAGAACUUCAAAUGCAAUUAAGGCCUCCCAUAGAUCCCAAUUUAAAAUCCUCCAUUGUGCCACCCUCUGUAUUUAUAGUGGCUAAGAGUGGUGUCCCUAAACAUUCUAAUCAUUUCAAUUCUAAUGAAAGUAGUAGCAACACGAGUAGUCAACAAAUUCUCCUCAAAGAAGAAGAAUUUAUUUCAAAGAAUGUCAUUCAACUCAUCGAUGAAAAGAAACAAAAAACUCCCUUAGAACUCAUCAACAAUGGAAUGGUCAUGUCUAUUCAUGAUAAGAAGCAAAUCAAAUGUUGGAGGUAUCAAUAUGAAAGACCAAGAAAGACAAAGAAAAAGGAAACGUCGAUCGAUGAAAUGAUUUUCAACCAAAUUGAAAAUGAAUACUCGAAAACACUUCAUGUUGUGUAUUGCUUUACCUACAAGAAACAUUUAUUUUGUGUGAGACUGGAAAGCAAUACAGAGCAUUCCAAUAGCAGAAAUGACAGCUUGAUUGAUGAGGUGAAAAAGAUGAUUCGAAGAAUUGAAAUUGAUGACCAAGAUGACGAUCAUGAGGAUGUUGAGAUUAUCAAUCAAUAA